AUCCAAACUCUAGCCAUCGUCGUUAGUCUUUAUUUUAUGGGGUGGCCUUAAACUGCAGCAAAAGAUGCUUUACCUCGUCGGCCUCGGCCUCGGAGAUGUUCGAGACAUAACUAUCAAAGGUUUAGAGAUAGUAAAAAAAUGCUCGAAGGUGUACCUCGAAUCGUACACAUCGGUGCUGUCAGUCGGCUUGGCGCAUCUAGAAGAAUUUUACGGAAAACAACUCAUAGUCGCUGACCGCGAACUUGUGGAGCAAGGAUGUGCCGAAAUGCUUGACGCUGCUGUGCAAGAUGAUGUGGCCUUUCUUGUCGUUGGUGAUCCACUUGGCGCUACGACCCACUCUGACCUGAUGCUCCGUGCUCACGAGCUGGGUGUCCAGACUCAGAUCGUGCACAAUGCCUCCAUCUUGACUGCAGUCGGCUGCUGUGGCCUUCAGCUGUACAACUUUGGUGAGACGGUGUCCAUCGUCAUGUGGACCGACACGUGCAGGCCGCACAGCUACUACGACAAGAUCGCAGCCAACCGCAAGCGAGGUCUCCACACACUCUGUCUGCUUGAUAUCAAGUUGAAAGAGAAGUCAAUAGAGAACCUUAUCAAGGGCCGGGACAUCUACGAGCCACCACGCUUCAUGACAGUUGCAGAAGCAGCUUCCCAGCUCCUUGAAAUACUCCAAGUUAAGAAAUCUGAAGGGUUUCCUGCAUCAGAGUUGGCCUACGACGAAAAUAGUGCCUGCAUUGGUUUGGCUCGCGUUGGCAUGGAAACGCAGCAGAUCACAUGCUGUUCACUGAAAGACAUGGCAAGCUGCGACUUGGGAAGCCCCCUGCACAGUCUGGUGAUUCCUGGGAAACUUCACCCAAUGGAAAUCGACAUGCUAAGGCUCUUUGCGACCAAUAAGACUUGGUUCGACUCAGUCUGCAAAGAUGGAAAUUGAUUUAUGAGCUGCGAGUAAAUAUGUGAUCUCUCAAAAA